AUGGCGCAGAAGCGAUUGAUGAGUGAAUAUCAAACCCUGCAGAAGGAGAAAUGGGUUCACAUUGAUGUCGACGAGCGGAAUGUGUUGAACUGGAAGCUUGGCCUCAUGGUCGUCAACCCUGACAGCGCCUUCAACGGAGGCUACCUCAAGGCCGAAAUGACGUUUCCUCGAGACUACCCAUACCAGCCUCCCACCUUCCGCUUCCUCAACAAGAAUAUCUGCCACCCCAACAUCUACACCGACGGCAAGCUCUGCAUCUCCAUCCUCCACACUCCCGGCGAAGACGAGCAGUCUGGCGAACAGGCCUGCGAGCGUUGGUCUCCCCUGCAGGGCGUCGAGUCGGUCUUGCGUUCUGUCCUGCUCCUUCUGGACGACCCUGAGAUCAACUCUCCCGCCAACGUCGACGCAAGCGUUCUCUACCGUGACAACCGCGCCGAGUACCAGAAGAGAGCGCAAGAUACGGUCGCGAAGUCCAAGAAGGACAUUCCCGAGGGUGUGGUCUUCCCCACAUCUGCUGAUCUGGAGCCUGUGCCUCAGAAGCCCAUCGACGACGACGCCUUCUGGAACGAGACGGACGACGAGGGCGACUUUGAUUUGGGCGGCAGCGAUAGCGACUUCGACAUGGAUGAGUACAACGAGGACGAUGAAGACGAGGAUGCGGACGACGAUAAGCCUUGA